AUGGCAUUAGAUUUUGGUUUUGGUUUUAUUGCUGGAGUAACUGGCACCAUUGCCGGUUAUCCAUUUGAUACAGUUAAAGUUCGUCUUCAAACUCAAACACUAAAUCAUCGAUUAUAUACUGGUUCAUUAGAUUGUUUUAUUAAAAUUGCCAAACAAGAAUCUAUAUUAGGUUUUUAUAAAGGCAUGUCAUCUCCAAUGUUUGGUGUUGCUAUUAUAAAUGGAAUUGUUUUUUCUAUACAAAAUGUUUCAAGAGGCUUCUUUACUAAUCCAGAUAGUUAUUUAACUUUAACAAUAACUGGUGCGAUUGCUGGUGGUGUACAAUCAAUUAUAUGUUCACCUAUUGAACUUGUUAAAACACGUUUACAAGUACAAGGCAUUGGACAAGGAAGAAAAUUAUUUGCAUUAUCAACACAUUUAUAUAAAGGUCCAUUUGAUUGUUUAAAAAAAUCUUAUGAUAGACGAGGCGUUCGACAUGGUGUUAUGCGUGGUUUAUCAAUGACAUUUGCACGUGAUAUACCAUCGUUUGCUGCUUAUUUUCCAGCAUGGCAAUUUUUUGUUUCAACUGUUUCACCAACUGGUCAAGAAGCUGAUUUACCAAUGUAUAUGAGUUUAAUUGGAGGUGGUUUUACUGGUAUAUGUGCUUGGACUGUAUCAUAUCCAUUUGAUGUGAUUAAAAGUCGUUAUCAAGCAGCAAGAGAACAUGUUUAUAAAAGUGUAUGGGAUUGUGCAGUAAAAUCCUUUCGUACAGAAGGAUGGCAAGUAUUUACUCGAGGAUUUCUUCCAUGUACAUUACGUGCUGUACCAACAAAUGCAUUUACCUAUCCUGUUUAUGCUUUUUUAAAACGAACAUUUGAUAAACAAUCUGAUGAAUAUGAUAAUGAUGGAAUUGAUAUGACAACAAAAGCUGUUAAUAAAACAAAGCUAUCAAGUACAACCACAGUUUCACCUCCAUCAAUAACUCCAAUACAAUCAAUAUGA